AACUCUUACUGUUGCUAUUGAGCUGUCUGAGCUACAGAAUGACCCGUUGGGCCCUUAUUGCUCCCCUCCUGCUCCUGCUGGGCCUGUUGACCCACAGUGCAGUCAGUCAAGAGGCUGAGGACCCAGCUGCUGCUGCAACAGCACCACCACCCCCGGGCCAGGCCUCUGAUGGCACGCAGGCGGAGGGCGAGGACGAAGACUGGGGAAUGGGCUCCGUCAGAGGCGGCUUUGAGUCAGUGAGCGGAUACUUUGACUCGAUGCUGGAGUUCAUGGGUGGACGUGAUGGAGUGUGCCAAUACCGCUGUCGAUAUGGUAAAGCUCCUAUUCCUCGUGUUGACUACCAGAUGCCAGAACCUAACGGAUGUAGCUCCUACUUCUUUGGUCUUCCUGUUCCAGAGGGGAUGGACAUGGGCAUCCCUGCAAUGACCAAGUGUUGCAAUCAGCUGGAUAUGUGUUACGACACCUGCGGCUCGAACAAGUACCGCUGCGACUCCAAGUUCCGCUGGUGCCUCCACAGCAUCUGUUCCGACCUGAAGAAGAGCCUCGGCUUCGUGUCAAAAGUUGAAGCAUGUGAAACGGUGGCAGACACCUUGUUCAACACAGUGUGGACUCUGGGCUGCAGGCCCUACAUGAACGGCCAGAGAGCAGCAUGCUACUGUCAAGGAGAGGAGAAAGAUGAACUUUAGAUUAAAGCUUGAG